GGAACCUCAGGGAUAUGAUGGAAUUUGUAUGGUGAGAGUUGUGGGUUUGUUUGGCCUGCCUAUAUAUGUUUUUGUUUGCUGUUCCCGGUCUUCGUUUGGGUGUAUCUAGGUCCAUGUUCACCGCCUCUUCAUGUGAUGGCAUUGAACAUGGCUGCGUCCUUUGGCUCAAGGCGUCAAGCCUAUAGGGACACCGCACACAUUUCCACCCCGGAGAGGGGCGCGACCGGUUCGUCUCACCAUGCGCCUUCCGCGAUGGCUUCUGCUGCUCCUUCCGCUGGUCUUAGGUCAAUGGUGGGGCGGCGGUUCGGGCGACACCCAGAGUAAUGGAGAUGGAGGCUAUGACCAGGGAGACGGCUUUGAUGGUGGUGAUGAUGGCUAUGCCGGUGACAACGGCUAUGCCGGUGACGAUGGCUAUGCUGGUGAUGAUGGCUAUGCUGGUGACAACGGCUACACCGGCAGCGAUGGCUAUGCAGGCGGUGACGACGGCUACGCGGGCGACGAUGGCUAUGCCGGCGGUGACGAUGGCUAUGCCGGCGGUGACGAUGGCUAUGCCGGCGGUGACGAUGGCUAUGCCGGCGGUGACGAUGGCUAUGCCGGCGGUGACGAUGGCUAUGCCGGCGGUGACAAUGGCUAUGCCGGCGGCGAUGGCGACGCCGGUGGUGAUGGCUAUGCUGGUGAUGGUGGUCAAGCUGGUGAUGGUGGACAUGCUGGUAAUGCUGGCGAUGGCGGAGGUGAUGGCUAUUCCGCUGGUGGAGGUGGCGGAGACGGCGAGUUCUCGCCGGCUCCUGCUCCCCCAGCGGCACCCAAGCAGGUCUUUGGCACGAUGCCAGGAGCACCGCGGACCUCCACCGCCGGGCCGGACGAGGUCACGCCCAUGCAUGGAGAGACCACGCAUCGUGCGAAGGGCCAGCCCUCCAUGUACAAGACCUUCGAUGCACUCGAAGGUCAAGAGAUGAAGCAGAACUUAAGAACCAAGAUCUGGAAGGACCCCAAGAUCAUGGACUAUGACAAUUGCCAGCCUCGUUUUAGAACUCGACAGAACCCUCCGGAGCUGGCCACCGACCUGAACGGCGUGGAACUCCCGAGAACCUGCUUCUUAGAUGACUCCAAAGGCAGCCACCACAUCUUUGUGAUUGGCGACUGGGGAGGAGUCGUGGAUUGGUUCGACACCGUCAAAGGCUGGGUCCAUCCGCCACGCACGGCCGACCACACCAAGAAAGACUUCGCCUCUCAUCAUAGAAAGAAGGUCAAUAGCUCAGAUACCUGGGCCCAAUACAAUGUCAGCAAGUGGUUCACCUAUCAUGCCCAGCACUCUGAUCCCGACUUCGUCAUCAACCUGGGCGACAACUUCUACUGGGGCGGUCUGAACGUCCAAUGUGGCGCGCCCAUGGAUGCCGUACUGGAUCCCAGUUACCAGUGGAGCAACGUGUACGAGAAGAUGUAUGUAGGCUCCAAGGUGGACGGAAAGCAAUGGCUUGGUAUCCUCGGAAACCAUGACUAUGGAGGUUUCCUCUUCACCAAUGGCUGGGACCAGGUGAUUGCCUAUACCUGGUCGAAGAUGACCUUCAGCACGGGACGAUGGAUGCAGCCAGCCUUGUACUAUAGCACUCCCGUCAAAUACAACGAUUUCACGAUCGACAUUUUCUACGUGGAUAGCAAUCUUUGGGAUGCUUUCGACUACCAUGCGGCUUCGGGACACAACAUUUGCGCGGAGAACCACAACUAUCAGGAUGCCACCUGCGGCAUCACAGGACCGAUGUCCGUGCAACAGUGCGCCCAAUGGUUCAAAGAUCUUUGGGACGCGGAGGUGAAGUGGAUGCAGGACGGCCUCAGUAAGUCCAGCGCGGAUUGGCAGUUCGUGGCGACCCACUUUCCGGUGGAACAUGGCUUAGACCAGUGGAAGGCGCUCUCGAAGACCUUUGGCAUUGAUCUCAUCCUCACCGCCCAUCGACACAUCCAGGAGGUGCAUGUGGACGACGAGGUGAAUCUGGUGAAGCCCACCGCGUGGAUCGUGUCCGGCGGCGGGGGCGGCAUCACCAGCGAGGGCACGCCCACGGAAGAUGGACAGGACGACCAGUAUGGGUUUAUGGACCUGACCUUGUCAAAGCACGAGAUCAAGAUCACUGCCAUCAGCCACGGUGGGCAAGUUCGACACACCAAGUGCUUUACACAGAGACGCCCUGGAGAAGAUACCACCCAGGAGCUUUCAGGCGUGUCGAUGUGCGAAGGGAUCACCGGAGGCGUACAGGACCUGCCCGAUCGCGCGCCACCCACCGUGGCGCCCAUACACUAUUAGAGGUCCGACCGCGCUGCCUUCGAUGCUGUGGGACUCCAAAGUGGGCCCGACGGAGGCGCUGAAAGCGCAAAGGAGAUGGGAAGCACCGGACCUGGGGGGGGUCCAACGUAGGUAUAGUCCUUCCUUUGAGAAGGGUGGCCAGCCUGCCAAACCUCCGGGCGUCUUGGACUGUUAGCUG